UUCGGGGGUGCCGCUGCCUGGCCAGGUGUCUCUGUAUGGAAACCACGUAACUCUCCAAGGGAGAGAAGUGCGUUCACCCCUUUGGGCCGGGUCCUUGCUAUCUAGAAAGUUUGGGAUGGAGCAUCGGACUGUUCCCUGACGCCCUCUGCUGGCGGAGCUGGAGAAGGAGGCGCGCCCCCAGCAUCAUCCCAGGAUGCUCCAGCAGACCCCCCAAGCUCCCUUUCUAGCCUCUGUCAUGUUGAACCUGAAACAGGAGCUCCUAUCCUGGGAGAAAAGGGGGCCGUCUCCGCUAGGGAGCCAUCCCUCUGCCCUUUGGCUUCCCCACUCCACCUCCAGGCGCCCCUCCAUGCACAGGAAAAGCCCUUGGCAGAAUGGGCACCAGCUCAUCCCCAGCUUUCUCAUCAAAUGAAAUAGCGUCGCCUAACCAACCCUCUAUCUCAUCUCAUCCUUUCAACUCAGACACUCCGUGACUCGCCUCUUCCAGAGUCCAGGCGGAGGCUCCCCAAGUCAGGAAAUAAAAUGCAAGGUAGAGGCGGGAGGGAACCAAACAGCAGAGAUCUUGUGAAAGCAGCGGGAUGGUAGGGGGAAGGGGCUAAAAAGCAGAGAACAGAAGCUUAGGGGGAGCCUCCUGCCAGGUCCACGCCCUUUCUCCCUGCCGGCUGAGGGGACAUAAAGUUCUUCUCCUCCACUGCAAGAAGCUUUACAUCUUGCUGAGACACCAGGCCAAUGUAGCAGUUCCAGAGACUUUAUGUCCCCCGACAGAAAUGUGAGUGGAGAUUACCCCAUAGACAACAGUUCCAUUAUAAAAUAUUGUCCCAUUGUCCCCCAGAGCCUGCUUUAACUUGUCACAUCGUGUGUUCUGCUUGGUAUGGAAGAUACACCCAAUGUGCCCAUAGGUGGCUGGGCAAAUGCCCAGUCACUCCCUGAAGUAGCUUCAUUAUGCAGCCUCAACAGCUGUCCCCCAGCCCUCCCUCGUCUCACACCCAAACACCCAGACCUGGAGAUCAGCAGUACACACACCCAGAUCCCUUCCUAAACCUAAAACUCAGAUACGCUCCACAUACUAUACAACACACAGCCACACACAGAAAUAAGAACAUUCUUACACCUGGACCAAUACACAAAGCCCCCAUCUGCACACCAAUGGCUCAGGUUGUCGGCAUCACAUGGGUCCAGCCACAACUACCACCAACACCCCCUCCCACAAACACUGCUUUUGGACUAUCUUUUCUUGGACCAAGUUCAAGGGAACAGAGAAUCAGGGAGAGAUGUAAGCUGCCCUUUCCCUCCAAUUUCCCAGCACGUCUCUUGUCUCUGGCUCACACUUCACCUCUGGCCCCCUCUUCCUUCCUGUGCUUGAAAAAUCCCUUCUUGCUGGAAAACCCCCUGGCCCCUCAGCCUCUUUUCCCACCUUUGGGAAAAUACCUACUUUCUGGUCCCCACCUUUUUCCUUUCCCGAGUACAGGCCCCCACUGGCAGAAUUCAACCUCAAAACAGGAAGCCCUGGAGCCAGUGCCCCCAAGUUGUUCUGAGGCUCCCAGCAGGCAGUGGGCGUGGGGUAAAGACUUCCUGAAUGCAUCCCCCACCCCCAGCCCACCCCUUGGCCCUGCCCAGAGCCCAUGGCCUUCAUUAGCCCCUGGCACUUAUCUUGAAACCACACCCCUGACGAAAGGAUCCCAGCCCUUCUCUUUGCCGGCCCUGAGCCCAACUGUGUCAUGGGGAACUGUCUGCACCCGGAUGCCCGCCAGGUGGCUGGGGAGAACUCUACUUUUGACUUUGAAGAGGAGAUGUGGGGUGAAUUCCUUGAGUCCUACAGUACAGACUAUAACUACACCAACUUGGAAGCGGCUGCCCCCUGCCACUCCUGUAGCCUGCUCGACUACUCCUCGCUGCCCUUCUUCAUCCUCGCCAGUGUCCUGGGCACCCUGGCGAGUGGCGCUGUCCUCUAUCUGCUGCUCAGACCUCUGUCCCGCUGGCAGCUCCAGCAGGACCGGUCUGUCCUGGUACAGUUGGCAGUGGGCAGCGCCCUCUUCAGCAUCGUGCUGCCCGUCCUGGCUCGGGGGCUGAGUGGAGCCGCCAUCGCCUCCCUGUGCCACCUGGCCCACUUGGUGUCCUACAGCUCCGCCUUUGCCCAAGCUCUGCUGAUAGGGAGCCAAGCCUGCCUGGGCCCCAUACUGGAUGCAGGCCAGAUCCCAGGCCUCAGGCUGGGGAUCACUGUGGGACUUUGGGGAGGGGCUGCCCUACUGUCACUGCCGAUCACCCUGGCCAGUGACACAUCCCAUGGGUUCUGCACCCUGACAUUUAGUGGAAGUUGGGAAAUUUUGCGGUAUAUCCACGCUGCUGCUUGUCUUGCCAUCUUUGUCUUGUUGCCCCUGGGCUUGUUGGGAGCCCAGGGGCUGAAGAAGGUGCUGGGCGGGGGGCCCUGUCCCUGGGUUAAUAUCCUGUGGGUCUGGUUCAUUUUCUGGUGGCCUCAGGGCAUAAUGCUGGGACUGGACUCCCUUGUGAGGUCCAGGGCCUUGCUGUUGUCAUCAUGUGUGGCCCAGCAGGCCCUGGACCAGCUGCUGGACCUGGCAGAAGCCCUGGCCAUUCUGCACUGUGUGGCUACACCCCUGCUCCUGGCCUGGGUCUGCUACCAGGCCAUGCACACCUCCCCGCCCUCCCUGCCUCUCUCAGCAAAAGAGUCUGCUCAUCUGGACACCCUUGGAGGCAAAUCCUCGCUCUCUUACCACCUGUCAACCUGAAUUAAAGUCUCCGCUGUUUUUAUGAA